UUUGAUUGCAAGGCUAUGGCCAUGGGUGCUAGAUCUCAAUCAGCUAGAACCUACUUGGAGAAAUAUUUAAACGAUUUAAAAAAUUGCAAAUUAGAGGAAUUGGUGAAGCAUGCUCUGCGUGCUCUUCGAGAGUGUUUGCCUAAUGAAGUUGAAUUAAAUUCAAAGAAUGCAUCAAUUUCCAUUGUUGGAAAGGGCAUGGACUUUUCAUUGUAUGAAGAUGAAAAAGUGGAACCAUAUUUGCAAGCCAUUGCAGGCGAUGAGAGACCUCGAAGAGGAGGUGUUGCUGGAAGUGGAGAUGAACCUGGCGAUAGUAAACCUGAUGAUGCUGCACCAAAAAGACCAGAACCUGAAGCAGCAUUUGAAACUAUGGCUGUAGAUUAAAC